AUGCCUUCUUCUUGUGUACGUGUGUAUGUUACCAUGUCUAUAAAUCCAUCUAGACACGUAUACAGGUCUGUCAAACAUGUCGAGCGGUCAUUUGCUCGCUCGCCUGCCCACUCGAGGCUCCGUAGUGAAUGGGACAACCACGGGCUGCUGCCAAUGCCGUUCAUUUACAAACCGGCCACUGUUGCAUAUCCUACAUCACCAAAAUACAUAGACAUGCAUUCAUUUAAGCAUCCAUACACAUUCACACAGACGCAAGCACGACUGCAUGCUCACACGCGACGCUUAAAGUCUGCAGUUGAGACAUGGGACUUUCUGUUGCUAUUCCCUGUAUUGCUUGGCCUCUCAAACAAAAUGUCAACAAUACUGCAAGCAACCGCAGCCUCAGCCGGCAGUCUAUGCUGGCACGAGAGAGACGAGGAGUUGAGCAAAGGUGGCAAAAUGGGAGGAACUAAACAGGGCUGGGCAUGCAACACGCAAACGGACCCUGCCGGUAGCAACCUAUCGCUCAGACUUUUAGUCAGCAGACUCCAACUUCGCUUGCUCCCCUCUCGACUUCCCACUCAUGUGAACAUCUAUUCCCAAACAGACUCGCCGACUCAACUCUGCCAGCGCCUGAGCUGA